AACAGGUUUGACAAGACUGUACAUCACCCUCCCUCCAGACUGGCAAAGGCAAAAAGUGUGAUGCUGCCUAUUUAUGACGCCGCCUACAGUCCUAGUGCGCACAUCGCCUGUGCUUUCAGACUCCCGAGUCCAUAGCGCUAAAUUACUUUAUCAAAAACCUGUUGAGGUAAUCCUUGCAUGACCCUUAAAACUUUCAAUUUUGGAGGUUUCUAGUAACUGUUUGACAUUUUGUCAGUCUUUAAGGCCUGAGCAAACUGCCAAUCCGAUGUAUCGGACAUGGCUACAGUUCCUCGCGCUUCUGGGUGGAUUUGCAGUGCCAGGUGUGCUGCGAGUCGGUGGGAUGGAGGUUUUUAUGUCCAAUGAGGUGGAGGCAGUGAACGGGACAGAAGUGAGACUGAAGUGCACCUUUAAGUCCAAACACCCCGUGUCCCUCUCCUCUGUGACUGUCUCCUGGAACUUCCGUCCCUUGGCCCCGGGAGACGAGGAGUCGGUGUUUUACUACCAGGAUACGGCAUACCCCCCUACAGAGGGGCGGUUUAAGGGCCAUGUGGUGUGGUCGGGGGACAUCCUGAGACAGGAUGCCUCCAUCAGCCUCCAGGACGUUCCCUUCACCUUCAACGGUACCUACACCUGCCAGGUUCGCAACCUGCCUGACGUCCAUGGCAUCAACGGAGAGGUCACCCUCAGGGUCGUCCACAAAGUCUCCGUCUCUGAGAUAGGCAUGCUGGCUGUAGCCAUCGGGGCAGCCAUCGCCAUAGUCCUGGUGGUGCUGGGCAUCUUUGUGGUGUUCAAGUACCGCAAACUCAACCGCCACGCCAACACAGACCUGGAGCUGCAGGGGAGGGAACUGCAGGAGAGAGAGUUAAAUGCCAGGGUCCUAGAGGAGAGGGAGUUAAAUGGCAGGGUCCUAGAGGAGAGAAAGCUAAAUGCCAGGGUCCUAGAGGAGAGAGAGCUAAAUGCCAGGGUCCUAGAGGAGAGAGAGUUAAAUGGCAGUGUCCUAGAGGAGAGAGAGCUAAAUGCCAGGGUCCUAGAGGAGAGCGAGUUAAAUGCCAGGGUCCAAGAGGAGAGAGCGCUAAAUGCCAGUGUCCUAGAGGAGAGAGAGCUAAAUGCCAGGGAGAAGAAGGAGUGGAAGGACCCUACAGUGUGUUGAGGGGUCUAGGGGGGUCCAGGGGUCAGGGGCAAAUCCCCUCCCUACCUCUGCUGGUGUGGGUGAGGUGUCCUGUUUGGAUGGACUGGUCUCUGACUAGAGGGGCUGGCCAUUCCAGGUCCACUCUGUUGGGGAGGACUGAUGAGGGGGGGUCCUGCUUUCUUCUACCGUUUGCUCACAUGAGUCGCCAUUCAGACUCAACUUGCUACUGUAGUUGAACUUAACCCAGUAUUAGUGAUCCCUUUACAUUCCACCACUUUUUCAGGCACCAUUUUAUGUUUUAUAUCAAACAGCUAUGUUAUUGUAUUUUAACUAUGUAGUAUUAUGACUACUAGUAGUCUAUUUGAGUCAAUUAUUUUACUGAGUAAUAGUCCAAGAGAUACCAGUAUGUUGGAGGAAUUUUUUUAAACCAAAAUUGCUGUUCUUUGGAACUUUUUCACUAACAUCAACUCACACUGGGACUGCUGACCCAGCUGCCUGGCCUGGCCUGUUAUGUAUGUCUGUCUGUGCUUCUCUACAUUAACUCUUGUUAGAUAUGGCUGAAUUGGCACCAGCUGCAGUCUCUUGAUGUGGUGGCAUCCAACUCAACUAGCAGACUGGUUCAGCAACUCUUUGCUCCAGUAUGCAUCUUCUUCUUCAUCACAUUUGGGAUGGCAGCCAUUUGUUCCAAAUUCGUUUACAGAAUUAUUUUACCACUUGAAUAAUCAACAUUCCUCUACAGUUGAGCUCAUGGCUCAUAUGGACAUCAUUCCAAAAUGAAUGUUUUUGACAGCAAAUUUGCGAGUGUGUUUUGUGGUUAUGGUCAAGGUCCCAUGGUAAGUUAAGUCAGUGAAACACUUUUGUUAAACCUGUGGUAUCUGGAGGUUGCUAAGGUAAGGGCAAGGGCAGCCCUGUAUCUGGGGGUUGCUAAGGUAAGGGCAAGGGCAGCCCUGUAUCUGGGGGUUGCUAAGGUAAGGGCAAGGGCAGCCCUGUAUCUGGGGGUUGCUAAGGUAAGGGCAAGGGCAGCCCUGUAUCUGGCAGUGGCUAAUGUUAAGGCUAAGGGCAAGGGCAGCCCUGUAUCUGGCAGUGGCUAAUGUUAAGGCCAAGGGCAUUGGGCAGCAAGGCUUUUGGAAGCUUUCCUGGGCCAGGAGUUUUCAGUGACUAUCUGCCAUUUAGUUUUCCUGGCCAACGCUCUCCUGCUUCCUGCAAAAAUGACAACUUAAAUGACUGCCUAUUACUUCUGGAUAUAAAAGGAACUGUGAUACAUCUUUGAAUGUAGAUGAAGAACCCCACCAUUCCAUGAAGAAGCCUGUUUUCCAUGAAGAAGCCUGUUUUCCAUGGGUUCUGUCAUUUUUGUGAACUGAUGUUGCCACCAUGUGUCCAUUAUAGGAAGCAGCUCCAUCUUUCUCCCUCUGUGUUCCACACUGAGGAUCAUGGGUGUUGUGGUCUCAAAGGUUUCUCCCUCUCUCAUAUUCUACCUCUCCUGUUGUAUUACAAAGCUGCCCAUGAGCCAAAUGAACAGAGGAGUCUAUCCAGACAUGAUGUGUUAUGUCCCAUCUGAUCAAUACCUGCCGCCAGCCAGACCCAUUACCCCCCAUGGGACUGGAAACAGUAUUCUCCUGGUAAAGAAUUCCAUGAAUGAUUCUAUUGAUUUAUUUCAUGUAUGCGUUUGUAAAGAUCCAAACUGUAUAUUUUAUCACACGUUUUAUAAGGUUGAGAGAUUUAUUUUGUGUGUUUUUCAAUAAAAUAAUGCUUGUUUUGAUGGUU